AUGGAUCUCUCACUCAUCUCCCUCGUCAACAAGCUCCAAGAUGUGUUUGCAUCUAUUGGCGUCUCCAACAACAUCGACUUGCCCCAAAUCACCGUUAUCGGUUCCCAGUCCUCGGGCAAGUCCUCGGUCCUCGAGAACAUUGUCGGCCGGGACUUUCUGCCCCGAGGAACCGGUAUCGUCACGCGUCGACCCUUGGUCCUGCAAUUGAUCAACCGACCGGCAGCGGCCAAACCCGCCGGAGAGGUCAAAGACGAGGAUCUCGCCGACAAGACGGACAAGAUGCAGUUGAACCAGAACAACCCCGACGAGUGGGGAGAGUUCCUCCAUCUGCCCGGGCAAAAAUUCCACGACUUUCACAAGAUCCGCGAGGAGAUUGUGCGGGACACCGAAAAGAUGACUGGGAAGAAUGCAGGCAUCUCCCCUAACCCCAUCAACCUCCGAAUAUUCUCGCCCAACGUCCUUACCCUCACCCUGGUCGAUCUCCCCGGUCUCACCAAAGUUCCCGUCGGAGACCAACCUCGCGAUAUCGAAAAGCAGAUCCGUGACAUGCUCAUGCGGUUCAUAUCCAAGCCCAACGCCAUCAUCCUCGCGGUCACCGGCGCCAACACCGACUUGGCCAACUCGGACGGUCUGAAAAUGGCGCGCGAGGUGGAUCCAGAGGGAACAAGGACGAUCGGUGUCUUGACCAAGGUGGAUUUGAUGGAUCAGGGGACGGACGUGGUGGAUAUUCUUGCUGGGCGUGUCAUCCCGUUGCGGCUGGGGUACGUCCCGGUCGUCAACCGAGGGCAGAGGGAUAUCGACCAGUCCAAGAGUAUCGCGCUGGCGCUCGAGAAUGAGAAGCGGUUCUUUGAGAACCACGCGAGCUAUUCCAGCAAGGCCAUGUACUGCGGAACCCCAUGGCUCGCAAAGAAGCUCAAUAUCAUCCUCAUGCACCACAUCCGGAGCACACUUCCCGAUAUCAAAGCCCGCAUCAGCCAACAGCUCCAAAAGUAUACGGCGGAACUCGCGGCGCUCGGCGGACCUAUGGGCGAGACCAACCCCGGCUCGGUCGUCCUCUCCACCAUCACCGAGUUCUGCUCAGAGUUCCGGUCGGCCAUUGACGGAAACACCAACGACUUGUCACUCAAUGAGCUGUCGGGCGGUGCGCGUAUCUCGUUCGUCUACCACGAGCUCUAUAACAACGGUGUCAAGAGCAUCGACCCGUUUGACCAGGUCAAGGACGGGGAUAUCCGGACCAUUCUCUACAACUCGUCCGGUUCUACGCCAAGCCUGUUUGUCGGGACCACGGCGUUCGAGGUGAUUGUCAAGCAGCAGAUUCGGCGGUUGGAGGAGCCAAGUCUGAGGUGUUGCGCGUUGGUGUAUGACGAGUUGAUCCGGAUACUAGGCCAGCUUCUCGGUAAAACUACCCUGUUCAAACGCUACCCGGAACUCAAGGACCGGUUCAACCUCGUCGUCAUCAACUUUUUCAAAAACUGCAUGGCACCCACCAACAAGCUCGUCACCGACAUGGUUGCCAUGCAGGCUUGCUACGUCAACACUACCCACCCCGACUUCCUCAACGGUCACAAGGCCAUGGCGAUUGUCAAUGAGCGUAUGGCCGCCAACAAGCCGCCAGAGAAGGUGGACCCCAAGACGGGCAAGCCUAUCGUCAACCCCAUCAAUAACGGCAAGGACCUGGACGCCGACUUUAAGAAGGAGGAGCCGAGCUUCUUUGGCAGCUUCUUUGCCAAGGACAAGCAGCCGAAGCGGGCCGGCGGAAAGAUGGAGGCGCCGCCAUCCAUCAUCAAACCGGUUGCAACGCUCAGCGAGCGCGAACUGAUGGAGACGGAAGUCAUCAAACUCCUCAUCAUGUCGUACUUUGCGGUCGUCAAGCGGGAAAUGAUCGACAUGGUCCCCAAGGCGAUCACGUUGACGCUGGUCAACUUUGCCAAGGAGAAUCUGCAGAGGGAGUUGUUGGAGAAUCUGUACAAGCCGGAUGUGCUGGAGGAGCUUCUCAAGGAGUCGCCGGAUGUUGUUGCUAGACGGCGCGAGUGUGUCAAGAUGGUCGGCGCGCUCAACUCGGCCGAGGCUAUCGUAGCCGCUGUUUAG